GGGGCGCACUCUCUCGUCACCCUGCGCCCGACCGUGGACCCGACCCCACAUUCCCGGACCCCCGCCGGCGCCGCCCGCGAUGCUCCGCGCCGCCAUCUCGAGCCUCGGCGCCCACCUGCACCGCCAGCCCUCCCCGGCGACCCCUCCCCUCCGCGCCCUCUCCACUGGCCGCGGCAAGCGUUCGUCCCCCACCGCGCCGCCCCCCGAGCCCGAGGACGAGGGCCUCAUGCGCGGCCUCUUCGUGCUCUCCCGCGACCCCUCGCACCCGCCGCGCCUGCUCGUGGUGCAGCCGCGCCUCCGCCCUGGCGGCCUCCUCGACUCCAAGCUCUCCGAGGCGCUCAACCUCGCCAGUUCCCUCGAGGAGUCCCGCGACGGCUUCGAACACGCCGAGUCCGCCGCCAAGGGCGGGCCGCCGCACCUCGUCGUCCAGAACCCCGCCUCCCGCGGCCGCAACCAUGCUGAUACAUAUUUUGGACCUGGAACUGUGGAUAAUAUCAAGUGUUACCUGAGGGCAUUGGACGAAAAGGAAGAAUUACAUGCAGUUUUUGUUAAUACGCUCCUCUCUGGGGUCCAACAGAGGAACUUGGAGGUUGCCUUGGGAAAGCCAGUUUUAGAUCGGGUGGGCCUUAUAAUUGAGAUAUUCAAUGCUCAUGCUGAAACAAAGGAAGCAAAGCUACAGUCAGAGUUAGCAGCUCUCAUGUACAUGAAGACUAGGCUUGUCCGUGUCCGCGGCCCAGGUGGAAAACUAGCUUUUGGUGCAAGUGGGGAAGCUGAAGUUGUCAGUGCUCGAGGGAGAGGAAGUGGCGGACGGGGUUCCAUGAGUGGUGCUGGUGAAACGGAACUUCAACUACAACGCAGGAGAAUCCAAGAACGUCGUCUAAGCUUGUUAGCUCAAAUUGAAGACGUACGCCGAACUAGGGCGAUACAACGUUCGAGUCGAAAGAGGCAUGGUGGCUCAUUUGGUCAAGACCUUGUAACUGUGGCAGUCGUCGGAUAUACAAAUGCUGGAAAAUCUACUCUAGUGAAUGCACUUUCUGGAGCUGGUUUAUACAGUGAUGAUAGAUUAUUUGCAACAGUAGAUCCUCGAUUACGCAGUGUGAUUCUUCCAUCAGGGAGAAAAAUACUUCUCAGUGAUACCGUUGGCUUCAUAUCAGAUUUGCCUGUACAGCUAGUGGAAGCAUUUCAUGCCACCCUGGAAGAAGUUGCUAAGGCAGACAUGUUAGUGCAUGUGUUGGAUUCCAGCGCACCUAAUCUUGAGGAGCAUCGUUCUACUGUUCUACAAGUACUGCAGCAAAUUGGUGUUUCACAGGAUAAGAUCAACAAUAUGAUCGAAGUUUGGAAUAAGAUUGAUCUUGUGGAUAGUAUUGCUCUGACUGAUGGGAUCGAAGACGAGAUCUUUUUCACUGAAGGUGAAGAGGAGGAAGACUUGUUCUCUGAAGAUGACGUGUCAUCAGAGCAGUCAUCUUUUGAUUCCUUGGAUGAUACAGUGGAUUCAGAGUCUUUAUCGGAAAAAAGUUGUGAAAAUGUCGAUGAUAAAAUGGCAUCUGAAGAAUCGAUUGCUGAGCCUAUCGAGAUGAAAGCAAUGAACUCUGAACUGUUACCAAAAGAGUGUUUUAAAGAGCCUAAUGGCCUGGAAGCUAUAAGUACGAGGGGUUGCACUUUGACAGAGCCAGUAUCCACUUGUCACGUGAAAACUUCAGCUGUGUCUGGGACAGGAUUGCAAGAGUUGCUGCAAUUAAUUGAUACAAAACUAAAUGGACAGCAAACGGUUGUGCAGAGAAGCUAUGGACCUUUUGAUAGAAAAUGGAGACCUAGUUCUAUGGAUGAUGAAAAGGCUGCAGAACAGUAG